AUGUCUCGUCCUCAGGGACAUCGUAAAUCCCACUCCACCUCUGCCUUAUCCUUUUUAGCUUCUCAACCACAACCAUCAUCCUCUCAAUCAUCAAGAAGUAAAGAUGCACCGUCAGAUGGCAAGUUGAAGUACCGCUCUCGUCGGUCUCUCUUACCAUCCGUCAAUGAAUCCGAACCAACAUCAGCAAGUAUGACUUGUUUACCUGGUUUGACCACUGCUCCUGAUCCCGGGACACCAGUGGGAGGAGAGGGCAUGAGACGGACAAAAUCGAAUCAGUCUCAUGUAUCUACUGAUAGAAGUAGGAGACAGAGCAAGAGUCAUUCUGCGGCUGAAGUAGAGAAGAUGGAGAGGGGUGAAGGGGCUGGAAUGGGGAUGGGGAUGGGAAUGAGGAGGGAGAGGUCGGUUGAGGAAGGGCUGGAAAGCUGGUUAAGCGAUAUCAAAUCCUUACGCAGCUCUUCACGACGACGUCUAGCUGCCUUGAAGCAUAUAGAGAGAUACCUCGUCGAAAUAUGUGUAAAUAAAGAUGAGAUGAAGCUGGGAGAGCUAGUUUCAAAACAGAUCCAUCAAGCACUACUUUCCCUCCUUACACGACACACUUCCACCAUAUCCCAGAAAUCCUCACAUACUUCUUUACCCGUGAAUGACGAGCUGGCGAUGAGCCUCGUACCUGAGAUCGAGGUUGUUGCGAGUAUAUUACAAGGAUUUUGCUGUUUGAGUAGGAGAUGUAAGGAGACUGUUGGCGAGAGUUGGGUGAUGGAGAUGUUUAUAGAUCUUCUGCUGCUUCUGCGGUCACAGCCACCCAUGACCGAACAUUCUAAAGCUAUCGCGUAUACAAUACUAGAAUUGUUAUUCUGCAUAUUGGUGGAUUCACCGAAAAAUGCUCGUACGUACGAAAAGCUUGGCGGACUGGAAGCUGUCACAAGGGUAUUGAAAGGUACAGGAGUGACUAAAGAUGUCAGGAUGAAAUGUAUAGAAUUCCUCUACUUUUAUCUCCUGCCCGAGCAGAACGACCCUCAACGAACCGUAUCUUCAUCUUCUUCGUCUUCCUCCUCAUCCAACUCGUCAUCGCUCUUCCCACCCUCUCCCCUCUUGACGUCCCAAAGUUCCAUAUAUAUACCUGCCAUUAGAAAUCUCAAUGACAGUCAUUCGCCUAAGGGCCAUCCUAAGGAAUUGGCAGAUCUCGACAUGCCUUUUGUCCCCAUGACACCCCGCAAAGCACCUCAACCAAAUUUAGGUUAUUUGACACCUGCAGUUAGGAAAUCAUCAGUGUGCACUUCGAACAGCUCAACCCCAAAUCUACCGACUGUCCCUGCUUCACCCAGAGUACCUAUAUCGCAAAGUACAACUUCUAGGGGACUAGCAGCAAUGUUGGAUGAAAUGGAUGGACCCUCAAUGCCUACUCCACGAUCUAGUAGGUCACAUAGGAGUACAAGUGAAGAUGAACGGAGUGGUGUAGGCUUAGGAUUGGGUCUACCAAAAAGUGCAAGUGGAUUGGAUAGAUCGGACAUUUCUCAUAAAGUCGAUUCGCCAUCUGGUUUCAUCGAUCCGUUUAAUCUGACAAGUAGCUCAGAAAGAUCACAUUCAGGUUCAUCAGGUUCAUCAGGUUCAUCAACCAUCGUUCCGAUAUCUACUUCCAGGUCAAUCUCACGCUCGAACACCCAGCCAUCAUUGACUUUGACGGACUCCAACGGAUUACCCAGAUCACCCAGUAUUUCCUCCAUGAGAAGAAGUAGCGUAAGGAGAGUCAGUAAGAGCCCGUUGAUCCAAUCGAACGUACCUGAACAAGACGAAUCAGCCGUACCUGUAUCAGUACCAAGAACACCAAAAAUUAGACACUCAAGAACGCAAUCUCAUUUAUCUGGAUUACCUGCUGGUUCUAUGGCUGGCGUUCCACCCGUACCUCCCUUGCCGUCCAGCUCUCGUACACCUUCUUCGAAACCCCGUGCGUUCCCUGCCGAGUUGACGAGGGGUAUACCACCUAGUGCUUCGUCGCCUUCUUUAGGUGGGAUCACACCGCUGGGAGCAAGUAAAAGGAUACCGUCAGAUAAGAGGAAUCCGAACGCUGUGAUGAACAGUCGGAAAGAAGUUGGGCUGGGUAAGGACAAAGUAUUGAAAGAUGAGAAGAAGAGGGUUAAGGAUGUGAGGAGUGUUGACGAGAAGAAGGAAAUGCUCGGUAUGUGGCUAGGUAAUGUCGAUCAACUUGUUCAAGGAGUCGAGAAAGUCAGUUUCUGGGGAUCAAUAGGCAAUAAAGGUAAAGUUGGGAGGUGA